AUGCUUACCCGCAUUCCUCCCGACUAUGAAGUUCGCGAACAGUUCCACUCGGAGCAAAACCAUGUCAAAAUCAUUCACGUUGGUGCUGGCGUAUCUGGUCUUUUGACAGCGUACAAAGCGAGGAAGUAUCUCAAAGAUUAUGAGCUGGUCUGUUACGAGAAAAAUCCGACUAUUGGAGGGACAUGGUGGGAGAAUAGAUACCCAGGAUGCGCCUGCGACGUACCCAGUCACUCGUACACACUCACAUUCGAGCCAAAUCCAGAAUGGAGCGGCUUCUAUGCUUUUGGAAGUGAAAUCCAGGCGUAUUUUCAGAAAUUCUAUGAGAAAUAUGAAUUGCAACCUUAUAUGAAAUUCGACACAAAGGUUUUGUCGGCUGUAUGGCAUGAAGACAAAGGAGAGUGGAAGGUGGAGCUGGAAAAGGGUGGCGAGAAGUUCACCGACUGGUGUAAUGUCCUGAUCAAUGGUUCCGGACCCAUUAACAAGUGGAAGUGGCCCGUCAUAGAAGGAAUCGAAACAUACAAGGGAACUCUCGCUCACACUGCCAACUGGUCUUCCAACAUCGACUGGAAAGGAAAGCGUGUGGCUGUAAUUGGCAGCGGCUCGAGUUCGGUCCAAGUGGUACCGCAGCUAGCUGAAGGUUGCGAGUCCCUUACUGUAUUUGCGCGAAACUCAACAUGGAUUGCGCCCCAAAUGGGCUCUCAGGACGUCAAGAUCCUGCCCCCAGACUCCGAACAGACCUCGAAGCCCGCGGCAGCCGGAAAGCAUCAGUACACCGAAGAAGAAAAAGAGAAGAUGCGCACGGACCCGGAAGCGUUCCUCAAGUAUCGGAAGGAGGUUGACGGUGCCCUGCAGAAGGGAUUUUCGGUCUUUCUCCGUGGAAGUGAUCUCAACGUUAUGGCGAAGAAAGGUAUGGCUGAGAUGAUACGUGCUCGCAUCGGUCCCGGUCAUGAGGAUCUGAAGGAAAAAUUCAUUCCAAAAUGGUCGCCUGGCUGCCGAAGGAUGACGCCUGGUGAAGGAUACCUUGAAGCACUGACAAAAGACCAUGUGUCUGUCAUAUCCGACGAAAUCGUGAGGUUCACAGAGAACGGUUUGGUGACUGCCGACGGUAAAGACUUUGAAUUCGACAUCAUUGCUUGUGCCACUGGCUUUAACGUUGCGUUCGCUCCACACUUCAAGAUGGUUGGCGUCGACGGCGUAGUGUUGCAGGAAGAGUGGGCUGAAUACCCCAAUAUCUACCUUAGCGUAGCAAGUCCCAAGUUCCCCAACUAUUUUACCGUCGGCGGUCCAACCGGCAACUGGGGCCAAGGUUGCGUACUAGUAUCACAUGAAGUCCAGGUUGAAUACGCCAUGCAAUGCUGCGUUAAAAUCGCGGAAGAAAACCUGCACUCACUCGAAGUCUGUCAAUCGCCCACGACUCAGUACCUCCUGCACAGCUACACUUGGCACAACGCCAAAUCCGUCUGGGCCGAGGACUGCCGCUCUUGGUACAAAGACAACAAACCCAACGGGCGCAUCCAGCUGUGGUGCGGCAGCAUGAUGCAUUUGCUCAAGACGCUGCGGACGCCGCGAUGGGAGGACUAUCGGAUCAAGCGGAGGGAUGCGAACAUGUGGACUUUCUUGGGGAAUGGAAGGAUUGAGUUGGAGGUGGAGGGAGAGAAAGGGAAGGAGGUCGAUUGGGCGCCGUAUAUCAGGAAUGCUGAUGUGCCGUGGAGUUUAGACUUGUGA